GGGAACAGUGUUGUGGGCUGAUAUCAGUGAGCCUGUGCUGUUUGAGGCCCCCAGCCCUCCUGCCUGGCCGAGGAAAGGGUACAAUGAGCUGCUGUGUGCCUUGGUACUUGCUACAGCACCCUGCCUGCUCACACUGCUGAAGCACUUGGACUCAGAAGAACAAAGCUGGUGAUGGGACUUGAAGAAACUGAAAAAACAGAAGGGGACAUCAAAUAUGUGAAAGACUUAAAAGAUGCCCUGGAUUUUGGUGCCCAGGUGUUAUCUGCAGUGAGGUCUGGUUGACUUUCUCUGGCUGUCCAGUCAUGCUUCAGGGGAGCAGCAGCACUCUUUGCAGCAGAGAUUGUGGUACCCAGCUAAGGAAUUUCUGUGGAGAAAAUAUCUGCUCCCCUUUCUGUUUUCCUUGAAUGAAAACAUAUUGGAGUGUUCACUUAAAUGUGGCUUUUAAACACUGGUUACAUCAAAAUGAGAUGCUUGGUAUUCUUACUUGCUUUGAAGUGUAUUUUCCUGCAUAAAUGAACUCUGAGCUCAGACAAACAACCUUAUGCAGUCUCACAAGGAAGUAGCCGUCAGCAAAACUGGUUUAAAAAACAAAACAAAACCACCACAAAGUGGUCCUGGGAAAAGAGUCCUUCUCUUUCAAUAAAGCACAUAGAUUGAUUGUGCUUGUAACUGAAGCUGGUUUUGAAAUUGUUUGCCUGACAUCUGCAAAUAGAUAUUCUUUUUUUUAUUCCAGCUGGUGAUGGUGAGUCCAACUUCAGAGCAGUAUGACAGUUUGCUCCAGCAGAUGUCAGAGAGGAUUGAUGAGGGAUGUGGGGAGACCAUCUAUGUCAUUGGACAAGGAUCAGAUGGGACUGAGUACGGGCUGAGCGAGGCAGACAUGGAGGCGUCCUAUGCCACGUUGAAGAGCAUGGCAGAGCAGAUCGAGGCAGACGUGAUCCUCCUGAGGGAGCACCAGGAGGCCGGGGGCAAGGUGCGCGACUACCUGGUUCGGAAACGUGUGGGUGACAACGACUUCCUGGAGGUCAGGGUAGCAGUAGUUGGCAAUGUGGACGCAGGGAAGAGCACCUUGCUGGGUGUCUUGACUCACGGCGAGUUAGACAACGGCCGGGGCUUUGCUCGGCAGAAGCUCUUCCGCCACAAGCACGAGAUUGAGUCAGGCCGCACCAGCAGCGUGGGCAACGACAUUCUGGGCUUCGACAGCGAGGGCAACGUGGUGAACAAACCUGACAGCCACGGCGGCAGCUUGGAAUGGACAAAGAUCUGUGAGAAAUCCACCAAGGUCAUUACUUUCAUUGACCUGGCUGGUCACGAAAAAUACCUGAAAACCACCGUCUUUGGCAUGACCGGCCACUUGCCUGACUUCUGCAUGCUUAUGGUUGGGAGUAAUGCUGGGAUUGUUGGAAUGACCAAGGAGCACUUAGGCCUGGCGCUUGCACUUAACGUUCCUGUCUUUGUUGUGGUGACCAAGAUUGACAUGUGCCCUGCCAACAUCCUGCAAGAAACCCUGAAGCUGUUACAGCGACUGCUGAAGUCCCCAGGGUGCAGGAAGAUUCCCGUGCUGGUUCAGAGCAAGGAUGAUGUCAUUGUAACAGCCUCCAACUUCAGCUCAGAGAGGAUGUGCCCAAUUUUCCAGAUUUCAAAUGUUACUGGGGAGAAUCUAGAUUUGCUGAAGAUGUUUCUUAAUCUCUUGUCUCCACGGACCAGUUACAGGGAAGAAGAGCCAGCAGAAUUCCAGAUAGAUGAUACUUACUCUGUCCCGGGUGUAGGAACAGUUGUCUCUGGGACGACGCUGAGAGGCCUAAUCAAGCUAAAUGACACCCUGCUGCUGGGGCCAGAUCCCCUUGGCAACUUCCUCCCUAUUGCUGUCAAGUCCAUCCACCGCAAGAGGAUGCCCGUCAAGGAGGUGCGGGGAGGCCAGACUGCCUCCUUUGCCUUGAAGAAGAUCAAGCGUUCUUCCAUCCGGAAAGGCAUGGUAAUGGUGUCACCCCGCCUGAAUCCACAAGCGUCGUGGGAGUUUGAAGCAGAGAUUCUGGUGCUCCAUCACCCCACCACCAUCAGCCCACGAUACCAGGCCAUGGUGCAUUGUGGCAGCAUCCGUCAGACAGCCACGAUUCUCAGCAUGGACAAGGACUGCCUGCGCACAGGGGACAAGGCCACCGUGCACUUCCGCUUCAUCAAAACCCCGGAGUAUUUACACAUAGACCAGCGGCUCGUCUUCCGGGAAGGCCGCACCAAAGCCGUGGGUACCAUCACUAAGCUACUCCAGACCACCAAUAACUCACCAAUGAACUCCAAGCCACAGCAGAUCAAGAUGCAGUCAACAAAGAAGGGAGCUGUUACGAAACGAGAGGAUGGUGUUCCCGCCGCUGGGAUGGCAGCUGGAGGCCCAGCAGCUGGGGAUGAGGCCCCCUCAACAGCUGCAGCACCACUAACACCUACUGCCCUGCAACCAUUGCCUGCCCUGGAUGAAGAGCCCCACAGCCGUGAGGGCAAUAAGUCAAAAGUUGGAGGCGGAGGCCGUCGACGUGGGGGUCAGCGCCAUAAAGUGAAAUCUCAGGGAGCCUGUGUGACUCCUGCCAGUGGCUGCUGAAUUUCUUAUUCCUCCUCUCUCUGAAGAAUUCCUCCCCAUCCCUUCAUUUCUUAUCCAAAAGAUCCAGAGCAGCGUAAACCAAAACCCAUCCCAGCUGAUUGGCUGCAGAAGAAUCGUCCCUCCUCCCUGCAGGAAGCGAUGGAGAGGAGCAUAAUUUAUAAGCUAAUGAAGGUGAUAAGACAGAGAACUGAGUAACUGACACCUUCCUCCUCCCCCUGUCGACACAUUUUUGUACAUCAUGGGCUUAGUUUUUAUUCUUAUUAGUUUUUAUUAUAUUUUGUGUGCAUGAAGAUGAGAGGGGAGUCUGGAUAGAGCUGCAAAGAGCCAGUUAGUUGCCUCCCUCCUCCCUCACCCCUUUCUGUCCACAGGACUUGCUGCUCUCCCCUAUUUGCUGUCUCAGAUCCAGGGGUUAUCAGAUGCCAGAAAUUUCAGACUUGCAAAGGUUAAAACAGGUUGUUUAGGAUGGCUCCAUGGAGCAUCAUUUCAUCACCACUGUGGCCUUGUGCCAAAUAUGUUUUGGAUUCCCUCCCUCUUAAACUAUUUCUAAGUGGAUUUAAUUUAAUGUUGUAAUGACUGAAGUUUGAAGAAGAUGGUGAGAAAGUUCCUUAGUUGGAGAUCUAAGAGGGAAACAAAUUGGAAAGCAGUUGUUGAUGUUAAGUUCAGGGAUCCUAUGCUCAAUAUUCUCAAAUAAUGUUGAAAGCACUUAAAAUUUUAACUAGCGACAGAGUUAAAUGGGCAGACAUUUACCCACCCAGUUCCCCUUCCCAUUGUGCUGCUUUUCCUAGUGUUUGUUCAGUGCACAUAGGAGCAAAUCUUCCCUGCCUCCCAAGGCUGCAGCAGCUCCACUGACAGUAUUAACAACACUCAGUCCGUCCUUGAGCCAGAGAAAGCCUUCUCACCUCGGCGGACGGAGCUCACAGGUGGUAAGAUACCUUUGGAACAGAGACACCAGGCUAAUGUGACCUACCCUUGAUUUUGUUUACUCCAAGAUUUCCAAAACCUUUUUGGAACUCACUGGCCAAACUUUGCCAUGGCAGAAGUAGGAUUUGUCUUCUCCCCUCUUGGCCAAAGAGGGCAGUGACAAAUUGGUACCAAAUUUAUAGAAGUGCUUUCAAGGUUGGAAGUACAUGGUAAUUUUUCUGAUUUUCACUGAAUUUUUUUUAAGAUAUUAUUUUUCUUAAUGAGAAAUUCUGGCUUCUCCGAGAAGGCCCUGCAAGCACAGUUUACAAAUUACUGUUAGAAUGGUUUUUUUAACCAUUUAAUGAGUUUUUCAAGUGAUUGAUUCCCUGCUUAUUUUGAUCUCUUUUCUUCUAACCCUACCUCCUCCCUUGGCUCUGGUGAGGACAGGAAUUAUCCUCUGCCAGCUUGUGGUGAGCUCUGGGAGCGUGGUAGCAUUUUGAGGAGGAGGUGGCAUCCUCAGCAAAUCAUGGCUCCCCCCAGCAGGCGCGGUCAGGCUCGGUUUCUCUGAGGGAUUCCUCCUCCAAUGAAGGACUUUUAUUUUAAUCAGAGAGAGACUGCAAAGUUUCUGUCCCUCCUUAGCAGGUUGUUCCUGUUCCUCACUCUGUGUCACCUGUGUGGAGUUCAUUCCAGCUCACCUUGUGGCUCGGGGUGGGCUUCCAGGCGGGCUGAGUGGCAGAGCGCAUCUCCCGCUGCCAACACCAGCACUCCAAGAGCAUUAAGCGGCACGGGAGAGGCAAGAAAGGUGGUUUGGAGAGCAGGAUCCUUUGCCUUAGAGACUGCAGUCGGUGGAAGGGGAGGUCAGACAGUCCUUUUCCAAGCUAUGUGCCUAAAUACCAGCACUCUCCUGGCGAGGGAGGAACUAUAGGCGGCUACAACACUAAUAGCACCCGCAUUGUGAGGGGGUGUGAGGUGUGGCUAAGCAGGGCACCAGGGCCUGGCUUGUUUGUCUUCUGGCCCUGUAGCAGCAUCAAACUGCACCUGAUUUCACUGCCCUCUGCUUCUGAAGGGAGCAGGGAGCUCCAGGAGGUUUUCUCUUUCUCCAUUCCUUGUGCUCCAAAUGAAGGAGACUGCCGAGACUGAAAGAAGGUUCACUUCAAUUUGUGCAAAGGAGGUGGUGUGAUCUCUCUUUUGUGACCAGCAUUUACAGAUCACUCAGGCUGGUGUGAUCUAUAAAAUAAAUUUUAAAAAAGUUUGUUCCAAGUAAAA